AUAACGCAGGCAUUUACUGAGACAGCUAACAGUCACAGUGGUAUAUUGAAGGCCCCCGUCUAGCAGACUGCUUUCUCUGGACAGCAAAUACGGACAUGGCGGAUUACGAUACCUUCGAUGACCGGGCUUAUGGUAGCUUUGGUGGUGGACGAGGACCUCGAGGUGCAGGCGGUCCAAGCGGACCACGCAAGCAGAAGGAGCUUCCAACAGAGCCUCCGUACACAGCAUAUGUCGGCAACCUGCCUUUCAACACAGUACAAGGAGACAUAGACGCCAUCUUCAGAGACCUCAGCGUGAGGAGUGUGCGACUAGUCCGAGACAAAGAAACCGACAAGUUUAAAGGUUUCUGUUAUGUCGAGUUUGAUGACUUGGAAUCUCUAAAAGAGGCUUUGACGUAUGAUGGAGCUCUGCUUGGAGAUCGAUCACUGAGGGUGGACAUUGCCGAGGGACGGAGACAAGAGCGAGGAAGUGGAUUCGGCUUCCGAAAAGACGACAGAGGCCGCGGUGGCUCACGGGGGCCCAGAGGAGGGGGACGAGACUCCAGAGAAGACUUCGACCAAUCAGGAGGAGGGUUUAGAGAUGAUGACUUCAUGGGUGGGCGGAGUCGCGGAGGCAGUCGUCCUGGCGAAAGACGGGGCGGCGGCGGUGGUGGAAUGAGCCGCUACAGAGAUGGACCACCACGUGGAGGCUCGACAGACUUCAGAGAACCCUCUGAUGAGGAAAGAGCACAGAGACCAAGGCUACAGUUGAAGCCUCGCACAGUCUCCGAACCCCUGAACCAAGUGGCCAACCCAAAUUCGGCCAUCUUUGGGGGUGCCAAACCCAGGGAGGAGCAUUGAUAUAGCUGUGUGGCUGCAUUAUUCCGGAUGGCUAGACUGGAUCUACAGGCUUUGGUCAGCAAAAAAUCUUUCAAGGUGCCAGGCUUCCCCAAUUGGCUAAAGAGAAGAUGAUUGAAAAUGGGUACCGCAUGGGUUAACACCCACACGUGACUAUCUGCUAUAAAUGAACUUCCUACACACCUAAGCAAGACUCUGAGGACAGUGGCUUCAGUUUCAUUCUGUUGUCUUUGGGUAAGGACCUUACAGUAUGUGCUUUUGUCUCCUUUUCCCAAGGCACUGUCAUGUUAAAUCAAGUUAAAAUGCCAGAAAACAGGAAUAAUUCCGAUCCAAUUGUGUCUUUUGUACUGCUUCCUAAUUUGCUGCUCAGUUUUUGUGAAAUAACCUUUUGUUUCCACUGUCUUAAUCAUUAAACAGCUAAAGUGUUAGGAGAAUCAGAAUAUUUCUUUGUUUCGUAUAUAAUUCAAAAUUUUGGAAGACUUUUUUGACCAUGUCUGUAUAAUCCAGAUACAGCCACACUAUGAGUAGAAGAGUGAAAUGAAAGCAUGAUAGAUUAUGAACAUGGAUAUCAGCUACAGUGUCAGUCAGGCUCUUAACUUCCACAGCAUGUAUUUCAUCAAAAAAAAAAAAAAAGAAAAAGCUGUGGAUCUCUUACAUGGUCAGUAAUGCUGCCUUCACAUAGGAAACUUAAUGAACAAACAUCAUACACAUUUUCAGUCAAGUGACAUCAGCCACUCGUCUUGUCUACGAUUUGAUCAAGUGUAGAAUUCUCUUUGGGUAUCCAUGUGUUGCAACCAUUUUAUUUGACAUUUUACUGGACAUGAAACGGAAGUCGUAGAGCAUUUUCUUACUGUACUAUAUUAAAAAAAAGAAAUUGGCUGUUUUUAUUCUUUUGUUUUUCUUUUCAUUUUCCUACACUGUUUAUGGCAAUAAAAUGUAUCAUCUUAAAAA